GUGGUCGAUUUUAUGCAGGGAUGUGAUGCAUCCAUCCUUCUGGACGGAGAUUACUCUGAAAAAACUGCAAGACAGAAUGGGGGGCUCGGAGGAUUCGAGUUAAUUGAUGACAUCAAAACUGUUCUUGAAGACCGCUGCCCCGGAGUAGUUUCUUGUGCUGAUAUCCUCCACCUUGCCACCAGGGAUGCCGUUCACAUGGCGGGUGCACCUUCAUAUCCUGUAUUCACCGGCAGGCGAGAUGGGUUGACUUCAAACAGAGAUUCUGUGGACCUCCCAUCACCGUCCAUCUCAUUCGACCAAACUUGGUCAUACUUCGAAUCCAAGGGCUUAGAUGUGUUAGACAUGGUAACUCUCCUAGGAGCACACUCACUAGGGAGAACUCACUGCCGAUACGUGGAAGACCGGCUGUACAAUUUCAAUAAUACCGGAAAGCCUGAUCCAAGCUUGAACAAAACAACUGCAACCCAGCUGAAAAGCCUCUGUCCAACCAGAGUUAAAGAGGGUCAAAGCGACCCAUUGGUUUACCUAAAUCCAGAAUCCGGUAAAGAUUACAAAUUCUCCAACACUUACUACUCCAGAAUUUUAUCAAGAGAAGCCGUCCUAGAGGUUGAUCAACAGCUAUUAUACGGGAACAAUGACACUCUUGCAAUCAUUAACGAAUUUGCUGCUGGUUUCGAAGACUUCAGGAGAUCAUUUGCUCUAUCAAUGAGCCGGAUGGGAAGCAUUAAUGUUUUAACUGGGAAUCAAGGGGAGAUACGUAAAAAUUGUCGAGUCAUAAAUAAAAAAUGAUGAGUCCAAGGACUGAAAAAUCGAAAUGGUUUUGUCAUUAUGAAAUUAAAAUAUAAGCUUAUUUACAUGAAA